AUGCUCACCAUCCGCAGCGUUGGGUUGAACGCAUCCGCGAGGACAUUACUGGUAUUUCACGACCUGGAUACAAUCGCAAACAUCACUGUCGCUGGCCAUCCCACUGCUGGGGUCAACAAUCAGUUCCGGCAGUACGUGUACAAUGUGACAAACAUGCACAUGCUUGCUUCGCCGUCCGAGAGUGACAGUAACAUCACUGUCGCGUUCGAGUCUGCCUACUUCUAUGGAUUGAUCGUCACCUCUCUUCCUGGCACAGAGGUUUCACUUAUCAGCGACUUCGGAUAUGCAAGCUUCCGCCAAUACGAACGCAAGAUACAGUUUGACUUUGGAUGGGAUUGGGGUCCAGCGUUCGUCUCCGCUGGCAUCUUCAGGCCGGCUUACCUGGUUAUGCUCUCGGAAACUUCUCUCGAGAUCUCGAAGCUCGGGCAGACAGCCCUCGUUCCCCCUGAUCAGACGGCUGAUUGGCUCGUGAACGUCACUCUCGGUGUGCGCUCCGUCUUGCCAAGCUUCAAUCUAACCACUGAGAUCGCCAUUCCCAAGCUUGAUAUAUCCUCUGGGCCCAUUGCCGGUGUUCCGCAGCGGUGGUACCCACGCGAUCUCGGCACGCCAACGCUGUACAACUUUACAAUCACCCUCGCCCUCGGAGACGAGUUCGGAAUGUUCCUCGACAGCACGAGCUUCCAACUGCAAAGCGGAUUCCGCACAAUCGAACUCGCACAGACUGCGUAUCUGCACGAAGAGAUCGACUUGAGGGGCAUUACGCCCGGAGACCAGUGGCACUUUGUCAUCAAUGGCCGAGCGUUCUAUACGAAGGGCACGAACAUUAUCCCAUUCGACCUGUUCUAUCCCCGCAUUACGACGGAAAAGGUACGCUGGGUACUUGAGAGUACUGUUCUGAGCGGGCAGAACAUGCUCCGAGUCUGGGGCGGAGGAAUCUACCAGCCGUCCGACGAAUUGACUGGCUCCGAGAUGAUUUUCUCGGACGCGACGUACCCGCUGAAUGAAUUCCUUCUCAACGUACGCAGAAUCAAUAAGCACCCCAGCAACGUGCAAUGGGCUGGUGGAAAUGAGAUCGAAAACAUUGUCAUUGGCGUCAACGAUACAUAUGCGAAUGGCACGCAUUACCUGGAUGAAGACUUCCUGCAUGACAUCACGUAUCAAGAGCAGUCUUCAGUGGCCUACACAGACUGCUUCACAAUGAACGGCAACAAGACGCCUGGCUACAUCUACGGGAACACUGAACGUUACAACUAUAAUGCAUCGCAAGCUUUCAACUACAGUACCUACCCUGUUGCCAGCUUUCACUCGAUGCCGUCUUUCUACACCUGGGAAGAGGCCCUCUUGGAGCCCGAAGACUACUUGUUCAAUUCAACAGUAGUUAUGUCGCGAUAUCACCAUCCGCCUGCAGGCAGUCUCACAUGGCCGAACCUGAAUGCUCCGCAGGGUCAAGGCCAAAUGACGAUGGCAGUCGAGCCCUGGCUGCCUAUGCCGGGCACCUUCGACUCUAAUCAAAUAUUCGCGCAGUGGUGCUGGAGCACGCAGGCUCCACGAGAAAACCUCGGUGCGCUCGUGUGGCAGCUGAACGAAAUCUGGCAGGCUCCGAGUUGGGCGGCGAUUGAAUACUCCGGGCGGUGGAAGGUGCUCAACUACGGCAUGGCGAGCAUCUACUCACCCAUGAUCGUUUACCCAUUCUGGACGUCGAGUAAUGAGACCUUGGAUAUCAUGGUCACGAACGACCGAUGGUACACCAUGAAUGGCACGGCGCUGCUGACAUGGUAUGACUGGGCAGGGAAUCAGCUGGAGACAAUGAUGCACGAGUUCUCGAUGCCUUCGCUGAACAAUACUGUGCUCAUGUCGAUGCAAGGAUUCGACAUGAUCUUGCCGGAGGGGGCCCACAUUGAGGGCCGCACGGCUAUCAUUGAGUCUUACUACACUCCAACGUCUCUCGCAAAUGCAGAGUUGAUUGACCCUGAGAUAGACAUGAUUGCAGGGGAUAGCCUGACAUUCACGCUCUCCGCGAAAGGCGGCGUUGCAGCAUAUGCAUGGCUUGAUCAUCCCUCAGGCAAGUCUUAUAUCAUCGACCCUAUAUCAUCCACCCUGCAUAAGCCUGCGCUGAGUAUGAUCAGAGACCCAGACCGUGCAGACUUCGUUGUGCGUUCGGUGUGGAAUGACAUCCAUGUGUAA